AAACAUUAAAGAAAAUGAAAAGAACAGCUCAAGCAAUACUCAGAUAUAAAAUGAUUGAUUCUUUUAUUUGUUUGCUGAAACUGCCAUGGCUUUCCUGAAACAUUGCCUCAGCCUCUGUGCUCUUCUGCACUGCUUGCUUUCUCUGUUACAUUUAGUGAACGGUGAAGUUGAUUUAGAAGAGCUUUUCAAAGGCUUUAACAUCUACAAAAACUCACAAAGCCAGUUGUAUCUCAACAAAAACUCCAAAGCACAAUGUAUAGCAGAACAAAUCGCAAAGAAAUUGUACAACCAACUGCCUUGCAGUCGAACCAUCAACGGUGACGCCCUUUUGCCAUCGAACCAAAGCCAACUUCCAUUGUUCACUCAUUACUCAAGCAAGUGCCAAGUUAACCUCAAUCAUACACUAGACGCUGUUAUUUUACCCAUAUACGUGCCUAACUCAGAAGAUGGGCUUGUGCUUGCUGGCUGCAAACAUUCUCAGGCUUCAAAGUACUUGGGUAAUGCAACUUAUACAAGGGUAGGCCUUGCAAAAAAUAAAGAUUGUUUGGUGAUUGCUUUGGGUACUGAUGCACUUGGUGGCAGCUAUUCUGCUGGUGUCUCUCAGAUUCAAAAUAUUGGUCGGGUUUAUUGCUUGGGAUUUAUUGUUUUCGGGGUCAUUUCUUUGUUUUGGUGAGGAUCAAUAGCGCUUGUUUCCUUUCAUCUCCAACAUGUUACGAUUUACGUUCAAUGAGCGCUUGUUUCCUUUCAUCUCCAACAUGUUACGAUUUACGUUCAAUGAACAUCUCAAGGAGUCAUGUAAUGCAGUACACCUUCACUUUUAUACAAUAUGGAACAGCUUGAAGAAUUUA